UACUGUUGUGCACAGGGAAAGUAGGCAUGUUGUGUGGUUUGUUUUGUUUUUAUCAGUGAUUUUUUUAGAUAAAAAUGGAUUUCAAUUUUGAUUUUCCCUCAAUAAUAUUAUUGUGUUUGUUGAAUUCAAUUCUUCAAACCACAGGACAAAAUUUCUGGAAGAUUUCCCCAAACAGAAAUUCAAGGCCAGAAGAGAAGAAGAUAAAAAUAAUUUGGUGUACAAUCAGUCCAGAAGAGCAACAAAAAUGUUUGAACUUCUCUAUGGCCAAUGAAAGGGACAAAAUCAGAGUUGGCUAUGACACUGUUAUAAUAGAAUGUCAGCAGGCUUCCAACAAAGAGGAAUGCAUGAUUAUGCUUGAUGAAGAGAAAGCAACAAUGACAACCUUAGAUGCUGGAGCAGUUUUUGUUGGGGGACGCUUCCACAGUUUAGUUCCCAUUGCCCAGGAGAUAUUGGAAGGGGGACAUACCUAUCAUUAUGCUGUGGCUGUUAUCAGAAAGGGGACUUUAGAUUAUGUUACAUCACUUAAUCAGCUUAGAGGGAGAAGGGCUUGUUUUGCUGGUGUUGAGACAUUUGCUGGAUGGGUUUUACCAAUAAACACUUUGAUGAAAGAAGGUGGCAUGGAGAUAAUCGAUUGUAACAACCACGUGAAAUCGGCAUCGAAUUACUUCGGUCCUUCGUGCGCUGUCAACAUUCUCACGGACAAGUACAACCCGAUAGGCGACAACUCCGAUAAGCUGUGCCAGAUCUGCAUCGGGAAGAUUCCCGGAGGCCGAUGUACGGAGUCCGACCCGUACGCCGGUUAUGAGGGGGCCUUCCGAUGUCUACUGGAGGCCGGGGAAAUCGCCUUUCUGAAGCACAACACUGUUCCCGAGGUUCUUGCAGCUAUGGAGUUUGCAUCUUUGACGGCAGACAGUUUCGAAUUAUUUUGCAAAGAUGGCACCCGGCGACCGAUCAGCGAAUAUCUGGCUUGCAACUGGGGCAAAGUACCCUCCGAUGCCAUCGUCACUUCUUCGGCGGUACCGUUCGAAGACAGAAUCAAACUCCAAAAGUUCCUACUGAAAUUCGCCGAAAAAUACCCGAAAACCAACAGAACAUCUGCUUCUAUCGGACAGAACACUAACAACAACGACUACCAGAAUCCCUACGACAGAAAUGGACAGAACGAGAAUCAAAAUCCGUACGAUCAGAACAGACAGAACGAGAAUCAGUACGAUCAGUUCGGUAAUAGAAUCAACAGGUACAAGAGGCAGGAUUACAACCCUUACGGGAGAAACGGGUAUGAUAAUUCGCAGGACCAGUACAAUAAUAGGCCAACGGCGCCGAAUGACAAUAAUCAGAAUGACCCCUUUGCGAGAGAUCCCUACAAUAUUAACCGCGAGCAGUUCGGGGUCAAUAUUGACCCGUACGGAAGUGACGUCAGAUACAAUACGAAUCAGGAUAUCGGGAAUCAGGCGCCUGUCGAUGCGAACAGGUUUUUGGGGAACAACCAGACAAAUGUGACCUACUACGAGGUCUUCAGUUUGUUUGAAUCUGUUCCUAGGUAUGGGAUACAUGGGAACUUGCUGUUUCAGGAUGCCACUAGAGGAAUCUCACCUGUUCCAGAAAACCUUCAGACAUACACGAAUUUCUUGGGAGACUCUCUCAAUACCAUCAUGGGAGUCAGAGAUUGCCCUGUCGCCAAAAUGACCAUGUGUGUCACCUCUGAUGCCGAAAAUAACAAAUGUGUCAAGAUGCGGACCGCCCUGAAGGCGCAACUCCUCAAACCGGAAAUGGAGUGCUACAAGGCGCACUCGCAGAUCCACUGCAUGCAGGCGAUCAGGGCCGGCACGGCGGACGUCGCCGUCCUCGACGCCAGCGACGUCUACACGGCCGGCCUCAACUUCGAGCUGGUGCCCUUCCUCAGCGAGGUGUACAACCUGGAGGAGCCCGAGUACUACGUGGUGGCCGUGGCCAAGGAGUCCGAUCCCAGUACGGAGUUGACGUACUUGAAAAACAAGAACACCUGUCAUGGCGGAAUAAACACGGCGGCCGGCUGGGUCUAUCCGCUGGCCUUCCUCAUCAGCAACGGCUGGAUCAGGCCGUACGGCUGCAACAGCAUCCGGGCUGCCGCCGAGUACUUCACCAAGAGCUGCGUGCCGGGCGCCAUUAGCACCGAAUACAACACGGGCGUACCCUACGAUAACAUGUGCGACCUGUGCCACGGCGCCAGUUAUAGAUACUGUAGACGAGACGCCUCCGAAGAUUAUUACGGCCAUACGGGAGCGUUCAGAUGUCUGGUUGAGGGGGGAGGAGAUGUGGCAUUUGUCAAACACACCACCGUUUUCGAAAACACCGGUGGAAAAAAGAGGGAAUGGUGGACUAGAGACAAUUUGAAUGACGACUAUGAACUGUUGUGUCCAGAUGGUACCAGGGCAGAAAUUAAUGAAUAUGUCAAGUGUAAUCUGGGAAAAGUGAAAGCCAACGCUAUUGUUACAAGACGCGGUUAUGGCAAUAAUGACACUCAGAUAAAUUCUUACAUAAAUCUGUUUAUGUAUGCGCAGACGUUUUAUGGAAGGAAAUUCUCGGAUGAAUUCAGUUUUAGCAUGUUUUCAUCUGAGCCUCCUUUCGCCGAUCUCAUAUUCCAAGAUGCGACUACGCAGCUCAAAGUGAUCGAACCGAAUAAAAGGCAUUAUUCGGAUUAUCUGGGAAGUGAUUUUAUGAGGGCGAGACGAAUAGUCGAUUGCCACGCGAGUAGUGAUAGAAUAAGUGCCUCUCUAGUUUUAUUGACCAUUCCAAUUUUCUAUUUUUUAUUCGUCUAAUUUUUAAAAACCAACAGUGACUGUCAUGGAUCCUUGUUGGGGACACAAUUCUUAUUGAUUGUUAUUGAUUUUCCUGUGGGAAAAAGUUUUUUAGCAUUUUGGCAAUUUUUUAUCAAUGAGUAGGUUUUAUACAGUAUGUAUCUUAUCUUAAUAACUUACCACCCCUGUGAAACCUGCAUUUUUCAUCCAUCUUGAUAAGCUCUAUUUCCUUAGGAAGGCAUUUGAAGUGCACAUUCAAAAUAAUUUCAAAAAGUACUACAUAUUAGGGAUUGUCCAAAAAAAUUAACAAACGACGGAUUCUCAUUUCGAAUCAAUUAUUAUACCGGGUCUUUAACAAUGAUUGAUUGCCUCGUGACCAUUUUUGAUGCGUCGUCUCUUUUCUACCCACGUUAAAGAGAUAUGAAUGUAUUCUCAUUUUCAAUCAUUGUUGAAGACUCGUUACAUCUAUGCCGAUUUUUAUCAUUCAUACAGGGUAUGUCACGACGAUCUUACACUAUCUUUAUAUCGAGAAUCAGUCGGGAGAAAUCCAUGAAAAUAUGCAUGCGUGCUUAUAAUUUAGAAUACGCUCUCCUCAUUUAAAAUAUUUUCGACAAUGCAGUGUUGCCGCUUCUACUAGAAAGUAGUAGCAAUAAUGAUAUUUCAAAUGGAAUACCCUGUAUUCUAUCGCAUUUGUAGAUUCUCCCUGAACAGCUGAUUUCAUCUAUGCAUCACACUGGGGUCUAUCCAAAAAGAUUUCAGAGUGAAUCAAAAGUUGAGAUAGGGACAUGUGAGCCGUUUUGACCGAUAAUGAAUAGUUUCGGCACAAAAAAAUCCUAAAUUUGAAAAAUCUCGAUUUUGAACACCCUAUAUCUCUGUAGUUAUUUCCGAUAGACCCCAAGUGUGAUGCAUCGAUGAAAUCAGGGAGCAUGUAAAAAUGCAAUAAAGUACAGGGUAUUCUAUUUGAAAUAACAAAGUUGUUGCUACUUUUUGAUAUAAGCGGCAACGCUGAAUUAUAUAUGAAAAUAUAAGCAUGCAUAUUUUCAUGGAUUUCUCCCGACUGAUUCUCGAUAUAGAGAUAGUGUAAGCUCGUCGUGACACACAGGGUAUAGUAUAUAGGUAGGUAAUGUGUUUGAGAGAAUAAUGUUGUUUAAAUGAUUGAUCGAAAGAGUGCUACUGUGUUUUUUUAAACCAGAUGGAUUCUUAUUCAUGAGCACUCCACCCUCUUUUUGAAUCUGCAGUUUGAAUGCCUACAUAACAAUGAAGUUUAUCAAGAUCCAUAAAAAAUAUAAGGAUUCAACAGGUGCGGUAAGUUGUUGACGUGGACACACUCUAAAAAUGAAAAAUCCGUCCAUGAUUUAUUAGUCCUUUUAAGAUAUGUACAAUUCGAAUCUCUAUUGAAAAUGAUAUUGAACAUUCCAUUUUUUUAUUACAUGAUAAUUUACAUCAAUUUUUUGGAAUGCAUAUUUUUUUAUUGGUUGUUUUAGGUAUUUAAAAUGUUUGGCUGUAUAUAGCUGACUUGACAAUGAGUAUUUUUUUUAUAUAAUUGAUUUUUGAAAAAUCCGUCCGUCUUUAAAUUUAUAUGCACAAAUUCAAUGUUAAUCCUUUUAUACAUUUUUUAAUAAAGACAUGACAUGUUUCUUUCUU